GAUGCUCUUCACUGCAGAUCAAGCAACCAUCCAGUGAUCCUACUCAAGUCAAAUCCAGAAGAUCCUCCACCAUGUCUUUCAGCUCCAGAUCCUCCAGAUCCCACAAGACCCUCAGUGUCUAUGGGGGAGCGGGCGGCCACGGUACCCGCAUCUCCUCUCCCCAAGCCUGCUACGCACUGCCUUCCUCUGGAGGCUUCAACCUGGCUGAUGGCCUUGACCUCCACGUAGGGGCCAACGAGAAGGCCACCCUGCAGAACCUGAACGACCGUUUGGCCAGCUACUUGGAGAAGGUUCGUUCUCUGGAGAAGGAGAACAACCGUCUGGAUAAGCAGAUCCGGGAGUGGUACGAGAAGAGGACUGUCAUAAGCCAUGACUACUGCAGUUACUUUACCAUCAUCAAUGACCUGAAGGACAAGAUCCAUGUUGCCUCCAGGAUCAAUGCCAAGACUGUCCUGGACAUUGACAAUGCCAAACUGGCAGCUGAUGAUUUCAAGAUGAAGUAUGAAAACGAGCUUGCCAUGAGGAUGGCUGUGGAGGCGGAUAUCACUGGACUGAGGAGGGUGCUGGAUGAUAUGAACCUGGCCAGGAUGGACCUGGAGAAUCAGUAUGAGGGCCUGAAGGAUGAGCUCAUUAUGCUCAAAAGGAACCACGAAGAGGAAAUAGCUCUGAUAAGGAGCCAGGUGGGUGGCCAGGUCAAUGUAUCAGUGGAUGCGUGUCCCUCUCCAGACCUGAACCAAGCUAUGUCAGAAAUCAGGGAACACUACGAGGGGCUGAUCGCAAAGAACCGCAAGGAACUUGAAUCCUGGUAUCAGAACAAGAUUGCCAUAGUCCAGCAGGAUGUUAUCACAAACACUGAGCAUCUAGCAUCAUCUCGCACGGAGAUAAAGGAACUGAAGAGCACCCUUCAGAGGCUUCAAGUUGAACUGCAGUCCCAUGUCAGCAUGAAAGCUGCCCUCGAGGGCACCAUGGCAGAGACCCAGGCCCGCUACGCUGCCCAGCUCACAGGCCUCCAGAGCAUGGUGACCAGCUUGGAAUCUCAGCUGUCUCAGAUCCACUCUAACAUUGCCUGCCAUAAGCAGGAGUACGACAUGCUGCUAGACCUAAAGACCCGGCUGGAGCUGGAGAUUGCCGAGUACAGAAGGCUGCUAGAUGGGGAGGAUGACAGCAGUAAACAAGUGGUCACCAAGGUCAUUACUGUUGUAGAGACAGUUGUGGAUGGAAGGGUGGUUGAGAGCACCAAGACCGUUGAUGUGGACGUGGAUGAAGUUGAAUCAUAAUGUAUCAGCAUCAUUAAAGAUCAAUAAAGGUCAUGCAGUGAGAUCA